CAGAGCAGAGGACAGUCGUGGAGCAGGGACAGCGCUCUGUGCUCUUUUGUUUCGCUCCACUCCCCCCUCCUUGCUCCGUCUCAAACUUCUCGCUCUGUUUCUCUGCGCGUAAAAAAACUUUGGAGAGCACCCUCUCCACACCUCCUCCUCCUCCUCAUUUACCCUGCGUGCGUAAUUAGUUGGAGAGCGUUCGGAAACUUGUGAUGGCCCCGAAGAAAUCACACUUUAUUUCUGACACCUGUUGCUGAGUACACAGCGCACACAGCUGUGCACAACGAGAGCCGAGCGCUGCUCACUUUUUUUUUUUUUUUUGGUUUGGUUUGUUUUUUAAACCUUUCUGCAAGACAAGCCGGGACUUCUGAGUACUGACAGGUCGCCGGAGGCUGCGUGAUACCUCUGCAUCGACCUCUUUUGUGACUCAAACGAGGACUUUCGUGAGACACCGAGGAGUGAGAGGAAGGAGGGCUAGUUUUUUUUUUCUUUUUUUUUUUCUUCAUGUGCCCAAAAAGUGACAGUGUUUGUGUCUGUGUCGUGCGGUGAGCGCUCUGCGGCAGGCUGAUGUGGGAUCUGCCUGAAGGCUUUUCUUCUUCCACAGAGAAAAGUACACCGAUCUGUGUGCAGUUUCGCAGCCGGACGGAGAGUAACACUUUUCGGUUUUUGAGCGCUUCGCAUGGUGGGAGGAGAAAGUUUUCUUGGAGAGCUGAGACUUUAUUCGAGCACAUCAGGCCAGGUUGGGUGCUGACUGUAGCAGACUUUACAGGACAGAGGUGCUUUUUCGUCUGUUCCUCCCCCUCUGCUCUCCGACGGUGCCAGGCCUAAACCCACAGAGCACUUUCCAGGACACUGGCUGUGUGUCGGUGACGAGGCUUACCAUGGACAACAGGACUGUCCGGAGAAGAAGAACCGGUGCCGUUCGACAUCUGCUGCUGGCAGCCGCCUUCCUCGCCUGCAGCUCCCAACUGCUGGUGGUGGAUGCCAACUCAUGGUGGUCACUGGGUCUCACCCCAAUCCAGCGGCCAGAGAUGUACAUCAUCGGAGCACAGCCUCUCUGCAGUCAGCUGACCGGCCUCUCCCAGGGUCAGAGGAAGCUGUGCCAGCUUUACCAGGACCACAUGACCUACAUCGGAGACGGAGCCAAGACGGGCAUCAAGGAGUGCCAGUACCAGUUCAGACAGAGGAGGUGGAACUGCAGCACCGUGGACAACACAUCUGUGUUUGGACGGGUUAUGCAGAUUGGCUCCAGGGAGACAGCCUUCACCUACGCCAUCAGCGCCGCCGGCGUGGUCAACGCCAUCAGCCGGGCGUGCCGCGAGGGCGAGCUUUCCACCUGCGGGUGCAGCCGCACGGCGCGGCCCCGCGACCUGCCGCGCGACUGGCUGUGGGGCGGCUGCGGCGACAACGUGCACUACGGCUACAGGUUCGCCCGGGAGUUCGUGGACGCCAGGGAGAGGGAGAAGAACUACCCCCGCGGGUCGCCCGAGCACGCCCGGACGCUCAUGAACCUGCACAACAACGAAGCAGGGAGACAGGCGGUAUAUAAGCUCGCCAGCGUGGCUUGUAAGUGUCAUGGAGUCUCGGGCUCCUGCAGCUUGAAGACCUGCUGGCUGCAGCUGGCCGACUUCAGGACCGUUGGAGAAUCCCUGAAAGAGAAAUACGACAGCGCAGCAGCCAUGCGAAUCGGACGCAAGGGAAAGCUGGAGCUGCUGGACAAGCGCUUCAACACCCCGACCCCCGAGGACAUGGUCUACAUCGACCCCAGCCCGGACUACUGCCUCCGCAACGAGACCACGGGCUCUCUGGGCACGCAGGGGCGGCUCUGCAACAAAACCUCGGAGGGCAUGGACGGCUGCGAGCUGAUGUGCUGCGGCAGAGGCUACGACCAGUUCAAGACCUACAAGCACGAGCGCUGCCACUGCAAGUUCCACUGGUGCUGCUACGUCAAGUGCAAACGCUGCACGAGCCUCGUGGACCAGUUUGUGUGUAAAUAGCGCGGCGGCGGCAGAAGGAGGAGACGUGAACACUGGAGAGGGAAGGAAGCGAUGGAGGUGAUGGAGGGGGGGGGGGGGGAUGAUUAGAAGAUGAUUGUUCGGGGGUUCGGUUCGAGAUGAGACAAAAGUCCAAUUUUCUCCUUCUUCUCAAGCCAUAAAUCGUUUCACAUCAAGACAAAAAAAAAAAAGAAAAAGCCCGCCCUACCCUAAAUCAUCACCUUCUGGUUCCACGUACAACAUCCUGUUCACAAUCCCCAAGAAAGGAGAAGGAAAGAGCAAACAAAACCGAGGAACAAACAUGGAGGUGGAUCCAGAAAAAAAGGGGGACACAUUCGAUAGUGUGACAUGAAGAAAUGAAAUAAAUAUAUAAUUAAAUAAUAAAUAAACACACAACUCUUGAUUGUUAUUUAAAAGAGACUCGGAGAAAACCCAAGACGCAGCUUGGACCACAUGAAACUCCAUCCCAGAAAUCUGGACGCAUGUCGCUGUUUCUGUUUUAAAGAACUUUUAACCGUGCGCGAGAGAUCCUGGCAUCACGACUGUCUUUGCAACAGGAAUGCAAGAAAAGUCUGGCGUAAAUCGCAGAAGUAGAGAAGGAAUUGUGUAAAUCUGAAAACGUUAGUAUCAAAGUUAUUUUGCAGCAAGCUUCAGGAGACGGUUUCACAAAAACCUUCUGUUUAAAAUCAAGUUAAAACUGACCAGAGCAUUCUCCCCGUUUAUCUCUGUGUAGCUGUUACUUGUUCCACCAGACACCUGCACAGGUUAAUGAGGCUCGCCGGUCGCAGCCGCCUCGACACGCCGCGGCUGUUUAAACAAGCUGCUCGUCCGGCUACGUGACCUUCGAGUGACAGCGAGGCGAGCGAACCCUCCAUUAGUGAGAUUAAUGUGCUGUAUCUGCCUUAAUGAAGCCACACUAAGGGACAUGCGUUCACCCAGAGUGCACCUCUUCAUCUCAUAAUGUCGCGCGACUUGUUAAGGAGCCACCAAAAAAAGAAAAGAAAAGAAAAGAAAAGUGGAGCUGAUUUGGCGUUCUCUUGCACCGUGAUGUUUUUUUUUUUUUUUUUGACAGUCUCUUGGGUGUAAUUCAGAAGAUAGAUGCAGUUAACGACGAGGACUGAACACACCGCGUGUGGAGUGCAUGACAAAACAGAAAGGACUGCAAUUUAUUACAUGCUACUUAGAUGAGAAAAAAGAAAGUAUAUUUUAUUAUUGUUUUUCAUUCUGUUUUCUAUGUUUUAUACAUGAUUAUUACUGUGUAUUCUUUUGAUAAACUUUCAAAAAUCAA